AUGGCCUCUGUUCGUUCGACGGAGAAGGCCAUGAAAAAAGGGGGAAGUGGUUGUACGCUAGCUGCAAAUUUAAAGCUAGAUGGAAAACCAAAAGUGGAUUCGUUUAAUAAUAAAGACGGUUUAUCAAUAAAGACAUACUCAUGGCAAGUUAAGGACCCCCAAGGUAUUAUGUUUUUAGUGCAUGGUUUAAAUACGCAUGUAAGAUUAGAGUAUUUAAGGCAUAAUGUGGAAAUAGAAGGAAAUAAUGAAAGAGCUGUAUUGAAAGAUGCUGACAAUUAUUACAUAUACAAAGGUAGUUGGAUAGAGCAUUUAAAUAAACAGGGUUACUCAGUAUAUGGUUUAGAUUUACAAGGACAUGGCCAAUCGGAUGGAUGGAAAAAUUUAAAGACGAAUGUAAAAAAGUUCGAUGAUAUAGUAUAUGAUGUAUUACAAUAUAUUAAUAGAGUACAUGAUACGUUAUGUUUAUCACAUAAAAGAGGUACUAAUGGAUCUAUUCAUGAUAAUAUUACUAAUACAAAAAUUCCACCAUUUUAUAUUAUGGGUCUAUCUAUGGGGGGUAACAUAGUUUUAAGAAUUUUAGAAAUUUUAGGUAAAUCAAAAGAUAGUAAUAAUAAAUUAAAUAUACGAGGUUGUAUAUCAUUAGCUGGUAUGAUAUCAAUAGACGAGUUAGCAACAAAAGCAUCAUAUAAAUAUUUUUAUAUCCCUUUUUCAAAAUUUUUUGCUACCUUUUUUCCAAGUUUAAGAAUUAGUCCCACAUUACAUUUUAAAAAAUUUCCAUAUAUUAAUGACAUUUUUCACUUUGAUAAAAAUAGAUAUAAUAAAGCUAUAACAUGUAAACUAGGUUAUGAACUUUUAAGUGCAAUAGAAAAUUUAAAUAACGAUAUGGUACACUUACCUAAAAAUAUACCAAUACUCUUUAUACAUUCAAAGCAAGAUAGUGCUUGUUUCUUUGGAGGGGUUCAAACAUUUUAUAAUAAAAUUGAUUCAGAUAAAAAAGAAUUACACAUUUUAGAAGAUAUGGAUCAUGUGUUAACAAUGGAACCGGGCAAUGAACAAGUCUUAAAAAAAGUCAUUGAGUGGCUUUCGAAUGUUUCUUAA